AUGGAUCCUUCUUUGAGCAUUGCUUCAUUGCAAAUAGGGAUAACAAAGGGGACUAUUUCAGUCAAGGUACUCUCUCUUUGGAUAAGUAAUCCAAAGAGUUUGGAAAAGCAAUGUCGUAUGAUUCUUGCUGAUGCUGAGGGUUCAAGAAUGGAAGCUACCAUUCCACACCCAUAUUAUCUUAGGAGUUUCGUCAACGAGAUAUUCGAGGGGAAUUGGUAUCUACUAACCAAUUUCAUGGUUAUCGAAAACCCGGAACCUUUUCGCAAUACUACUAAUCCCAUGAUCAUCAAAUUUUCAUACAAAACAAAGAUGAAUCAGUUUGAUGAUGUUACAGACCCGUGUUUACUAGAGUUCAUGAAAUUCCCUGAGAUUUUAAAUCAUGAAAAUGAUUCAUCUGAUGUUCCAAUAGAUUUGUUUGGGAUGAUCCUUAAGGUUUCUAAAGUAAAAGGACUCCCAUAUGUGCCUAAAGAGGAUGAAGUUGCUUACAUGCCUAAGUAUCGCGAUAUUGUUUUGGUCGACAAUGAGGGUAAUCUCCUUAAGGCAACAACAAUGGGGGACUCUUGCUCUUCAUUCAGCGAGAUGUGGCUGAACUCUGGAUUUGAUAUUAAAAGGCGGUCUGAUGAGGUCUUUUGUGUCAUGAAGUUUUGGAGUAUUUCAGGAUUUGAAGGUGAUAGAUGCAUUAUCACAGGAGAAGGAUGUUCUAAGAUUCUCCUCAAUCCCAAGAUUGCUGAGCUCGAAGAAGACGAAGAAAUGUGCAGGGUUACAUAUCCUUACUACACAGAGCUGGUGGAUGAAAGUGAAGACGAGAUUGAAUGA